AUGAGCGCCGAUCAACCACGGCACACAACUGAGAGUUGCGCUUCACCGGCUUCGACGAUUUCCAUCACACCCAGGAAUACGUCGGAACGCGAAUCUACCAUCGGUCGCCGGGAUGUCUUGCGGCUAUAUGCCGAACUCAAGUCUCACCAGAAGAAUCUAGCAGAUGCCAGGCACGCUGGAAACUACCGAGAUGCCGCCACUUACCACAAAAAGAUUAUUGACCUGCGCCGGGAUCUCUCUGCUGGGGGAGUCUCCCCUGCUGCUCAAGUAGAGGCCCAGCUGAGACAGGCGGCCAUUCUCCUCUUGUGUGAAGACAUCGAAACCGUUGACAGGUCCCUCUUCCCCGACCUGACAACUCUAUCUGGGCAACAGGCUCGCCGUUGCAAGAUUGAUACCCUCGCUUAUGGUCUACUGUAUGCCAAAGUUGGCUUCCUGCACAUGAGGCUAAGCGACAUGGACGAAUCGGUGCAGGCACAAGAAUAUCUCAACUCGUCUCUGAAGACACUUUUGAAGCUCGAGCCGGCUCCCGUUGAGCACAUGUUCCCCAUAGCUCAAUGCCUAGCUGAUCUUUAUGACUUUACCGCGGCUGAUCUCAACCGUGCUCGAGACAUGGUGCAGUGGCUGGUCGAAAAGAGUGGUCAAGAAACAUUCAGAAACAUCGCUAUUGGUCGAAUUUCCGAAGCUGGAGAUUGGUGCACAAAGGAAGGCUUUGAGCUUGGCGACCAUGCUUUUGAUGUCCCAGCUAUGGAACGUGCUAUCCUGCGCAACGAACCAAAGCACAUUAUCGAAACCAUGUUGGCCUGGACGGAACGGACCCGUCCCUCAUCCGCCAAUAUCAUCUCUCGACUCCUCCUCACAGCGGCCGAGACACGCAACAUGACUAUCAGCCAACUCCUAUUCGAGCACAAAGCAAAAGCUGAUGUUAUUGACGAAGAAGGAAAGACGGUGCUCCAUCGUUGCCUACACUGUCGCGAUGCGUCGCUAGAACGAUCGACAAAAAAGGAUGGCACUAAGAUUGCUGCAUUCUAUCUAAGCAAGGAUCCAAGCCUAAGGGACAAGCAGGACCAUUCUGGAAAGACUCCUUUGUAUGCAGCGUGUGAGGUUGGCUGGGUGGACAUGGUGUCAUUUCUUCUCGAAAUCGAGGCCAACGCGAAUCUGGCCGAGAACAAUGCUCAGACUCCCCUCUACAUGGCAUGUGAACGUGGUCGUCGACAGAUUGUCAAGACACUGCUUGAUAAAGCUAAAAAUCUCGAUCUUGAUGCUAGGGGACCUGGUGGGCAGACUCCAUUGAUCGUGGCUGUGCAGUAUGCUGCGUCUCAUGCCGAGGGGAUCCAUAUCGUCCAGCAAUUGCUGAAGAAAGGAGCAGACCCAACCAUUGCAGACAACACUGGAAAGACGGCGAUCAGUUACGUGGGAGGAGUGUGGAGCACAAACGUCAAAGAGGCGCUCAAGAAUGCUAGACAGCGACCAGCUGGUGUUGCAACGACUCCAAGUUCUUCAAGCAUUGUAACUUCCAACGCCAGCAACAAUGCCAAGCCACAAAGAUCGAGUCGCCCACCUAGCGUGGCAAGUUCCAUGUUUCACAAAAUGUGGCAGCCCCGACUCAAGAGCGGAAAUUCGAGCUUGUUCAGUCCCAGCAGGACAUCACUGGAGUCCGGACUGGCGCCUUCGAUAUUCUCAAACGACAUGUCGCGGCGCACUAGUAUCACCAAUGCGAGUGUCAUCGGCCUCCCUGCCGGUAUACAAAUAACAGGAAAUGAGACGUUCAUGUCAAUAGCUGACAAAGACCCAUCGGCUUUCAGAAAGGACGCCGCCCACGAUCCAGAAUCUUCGCACAGUCGGAGGGCGUCUUUGGAUCGUCCGAACAUCUCGAGGUUUCCAAUCAAUGAUCACGGUGCUUCUGAACCGAUUGUGCCAACCAGGAGGAAUCCAAACCCAGACCCGCAUGACUCUAGUAUCAACCGCGGCCCCAAUGUAACAAACGAGCGUCCGCCAUUGGCCCGCGCUGGUAGCUCGUUCGCUUCUGGCGUCGGCCAGGGGGCGUCUGGUAGUGUUGACUCGACCUUAUCAAGUACAGACUCUGAAUACGACACGCCCUCCGAGAGUGAAGAUGCCAGCCACGAUGGCGAGCAUUCACCCUUUGAACCUAGGAUUCACAAUCUGCCAAUUCGAUCUCAUCCGGCGAGUGGAGUACAAGACCGUCCCAGCGGGUCUCGAGGGCGACAGAAUGGCUCCUUUGAUGGCGCCUCCUCUAUACCAACACCUCCGGCAAAUGAUCCUCCAGGGGCAACAGGCCAAAGCAAAGCAAAUCAGGGAAUUGGUCACGGCAGUGGAUCUCGAGGUGGAAAGGUACGAAACGCAACGCAAGGUCCUGAUGCGGAGCAGAAGCGGCAGGUACUCCUAGCCUGCCCCUUUGCCAAGAAAGAUCCAAUCAGCUACGAGCAUUGCCACAACUAUGAACUCAGAGAAAUCAAGCAUGUGAAGCAGCACUUGAAGCGUUGCCACUUGAUUGUAGUUUGCCCUCGCUGUCGCGAUGGCUUCAACAGCCAGGAUCAUCUUGAUCGGCAUCUCUUGGAGGGAUGUGAAAUCCGGGAGCGUGGGGAUCCAGAGGGCAUGACACCCAAGCAGCACGAGAUCUUGAGACCACGAACGAACCAUAAAGUGUCGCUCGAGGAGCAGUGGUAUUUCAUCUGGGAUACACUCUUUCAAGGUUUACCUCGACCCCCUACCCCCUACAAGGAUGAGUUUGUCAACUUGUCCGAAUUCCAUAAGCUGGUGAAGGAUUUCCGAGAUCAUCAUAUCCCAAGUUUGGCCAACCGCCUACUCCAUGAGAUGGACAAUACUAGGCCCAUAUCAUAUGAACAAGUCGCGGUCAUACUGAAUAGGGGCAUGGUCGAGUUUGCCAGCACGCUCCAACAGUCUGGCGUGGUCAGUGGAAACCAAAGCAUCACAAAUCCAGGCACCCAACCGGGACCAACUACCAUGGCAGGGGCAGUCGACAUCAGCUUGUUGAACAGACACAACAGUCUGGAGGGUCCAUCUGACCGCUUGACUCCAGACUCAAGUGGCAUGGCACAGCAGUGUAGCCCUGGUAGCACGCACUUGUCAAAUGAUGACUACCUGCAUCCUAUCGACGAGGUAUCAAACAGCUCAUCAAGUCAGCGACAGGGCUCGAUACCUCAUGAGAUGGAACACGUCAUUCCGCCGCAGAACCCUGUACACCCGAGCCAGAUACCGCAUAGUCAUCCUCUUCAGCAAGCCGCCGCUGAUAAUCUCUACAACAGCCAGAUGUAUGGUGCUCAAGGGUCAGGUACAGACUAUCACGCUUUUACGGGAAUCGGAACAACAUGGAAUGGUAAUGAUGCAGCCAUGUUGGACAGCUACUCGGACCCGGUCCUGUCGCCUAACCACUUCCUCAUGGACCAGAGCUCAAUUGAACAGAUGUUUCGACCGAUAGAAAACGAUGCCAUGGACCUAGACAUGAUGCAGGGGCGCCCUCAACUCCAGCACUCUCAGACAUCUGGUUACUUUCCCAUUCAGCAAACUCCAGGAGCGCAACAGCAGGUGCCCAUGUUUAUGACCGGGGGACAAGGGGCAAUCCCUUUUACACAGAUGGCACACAAUGCGGAGGUCCAAGAUACAUCUCCACAUAGUGCCCAUCCUAGUGGCCAAGGGCCCUUGUGGUAUGGGCCAUGA